ACACUGUCAAUCUUCUUAUCAUUUUUAUGCAUGUGACUUUUUAGAUUUUCCUAAUUUACAAGAUUUCUCUCUGUAAUAUUCUUUUCUUUAAUAUAUUUUAUUUGGCUGAAAAAAAAAAAAGACAUACCUUUUUUUUAAAACACAUGUAGUGUGGGUGAAACAAUAUUAUUCUGGUUUCUUUCCUCUCUCUGAGUAACAUGUUUGUGGUUGUUGAGAGGUCUAUUUAAUUGGCUGUUUUAUUGUUGUUGUGAGAGGUCACUGAUUAACUAUUUAUAAUCAACACCAUCACCCUCUUUCUCUUGCUUCUAACUUUACCUUCAUUGAAAAAAAUAGUUAAAAAUGACUAUUGGAAGUGAUAGGAGGAACAAAGCAAUUGUUGAAGAGAACGCACCUUUGUUACCCAAGACUCAAGAAAGUGAUGUUGGGCUUGAUGAAUUUAACGGAGCUUCAUUUUCUAGUGCUGUUUUCAAUUUGUCAACCACAAUUGUUGGUGCUGGAAUCAUGAGUUUACCUGCCUGUGUUAAAAAAUUGGGGAUAGUCCCUGGUCUUAUUGCCAUAAUCCUAUCCUCAUUAUUCACAGAAAAAUCAGUUGAUUUCAUGAUCAGAUUUUCAAGAGCAGGCAAUAUUUCUUCCUAUGGAAGUCUCAUGGGUGAUAGCUUUGGAAAAUAUGGGAGAGCUUUGGUCCAGAUAUGUAUUACAGUCAAUAAUAUUGGUGUUUUGAUUGUUUACAUGAUUAUUAUUGGUGAUAUAAUUUCUGGAACAUCUUCAAGUGGAGUACACCAUUUUGGUAUUCUUGAAGGAUGGUUUGGUGUUCAUUGGUGUACAGGGAGAACAUUUGUUCUUCUUUUUACAACACUUGUUAUAAUUGUACCUUUGACAAGCUUUAAAAGAAUUGAUUCGUUAAGAUAUACAUCUGCGUUAUCGGUUGGACUAGCCGGCGUUUAUCUUGUGAUUGUUGUAGGAAUCUCAAUUUUCAAAAUCAUAAGUGGAGGCAUGGUGAUUCCAAGACUCUUUCCAAUCAUUACUGAUGCAUCAUCAGUUUUUGAAUUGUUCACUACUUUUCCUGUACUUAUAAGCGCCUAUAUUUGUCACACUGUUGUUCAUAGCAUAAAUAAUGAACUAAAGGAUUCGAAACAGAUGAGAGGGGUUGUGAAGACUUCUUUUGUUCUAUGUUGCUUAGUGUACUUAUUCACAAGCUUCUUUGGAUUCUUUCUAUUUGGAGAAGAAACUCUUGAUGAUGUUCUUGCCAAUUUUGAUACCGAUCUUGAUAUACCGUUCGGUUUUAUUCUCAAUGACAUUGUUCGCGUUAGCUACGCCGUACAUAUUGUGUUGAUAAUUCCAGUACUCUUCUACGCAGUGCGGAUCAACUUUGAUGGACUCUUGUUUUCUUCUUCAUCAACAAGAUCUUUGAAUGUUGAUAACUUCAGAUUUUUCUCUAUUACUUUUUCACUUGUUGGCAUUAUAUUCUUGGGAGCAAAUUUCAUUCCUAGCAUUUGGGAUAUCUUCCAAUUCAUUGGAGCAACUACUGCUAUUUGUAUAGCGUUUAUAUUUCCAGUUGCAAUCACUCUCAGGGACAAACACAACAUAGCAACUAAAACAGACAAGACUCUAUCAAUCUUUAUGAUAGUCAUUUCAGUAACGUCUAGUGCUGUGGCUAUAUACAGCAAUGUUUAUGCGUUGAUCAACAAGAAAUGAAGCUUACUGAUUUUCUUUAUAGUAUCUUGUACAAUUGUUUGAUUAAAGGAACAGAACAGAGUUUGCAGGGUUAUUGGCCAAAUGUGUAAAAUAAAAGCAAUUUUUUCUUGUUGAUUAAUAAACAAAGCUACCAUGUUUUUCAAAGUAUUUGAAGGUGAGUGGAGCUUUGGAUGUAGUUCUUUAUAAUAUGUUGGCAAUGGAGAGCUAUUAAACCUACCUUUUUUAGGAAGGAACUUUACUUGGUUCCGACCUAAUGGAGAACUGUUAGUAGGGUUGAUCGGAUUUUGAUUGUUGAAGGGUGGCGGGACGACUCAGGCUGCGACUUAGUGGGAUCUCCCUAGAGAUGUUACUAAUCAGUGUCUUGUCAUUCUUAAUUAUGUUAAUCAGGUCAAUGGCGAACUCAUCUUCUUUUUCUGACUGUCUCCAGAAUUCUACCAUGUGUCUCAAUCAAUAGCGGAUCAAGAGUUCAUAUUUGUUUUAAAGGUUGUUUUGUGGCUUUGGUUUUUCUUUUGGGAAUUAUGUUCUAUAGAUGGUGGUGUUUUUGGUCAAAGGUUUAUCCUGAUUCUAUGUUGAUUCUAUGUUGUAAGAGCCUAUUGUUUGAAUGUUCCAUCCAAAGUGAUUUCUCCCUUUGUGUUUAUUUUUCUAGCUUUUGCUUUGUGCUUUGUAGUUUAUUGGGCUCUUUCUAUAUGGUUUGUAGUUUAUUGAGCAUUUGGUCUUGCAUGUUUUUUCUUUAUAGUUAGGCAAUUCAUGUAUCUGUUUCACUUUGAUCUCCUGUAUGUAUGGUGAUGGGUGUUUAACUCCCCUAUCUCUUA